AAAGCGCCAAGCGCAUGCGCAACGCGAAACAUUUACGUGUCGAACGCGCGCUAGUUCCCGGAAUCGAACAACUAUUCAGAAAAAUUUACAAAAAUGAAAAGCCUCAUCGUGUUUUGCACUCUCUUGGCGCUCGCAUUGGCACAUCCGCAACGUGAAGGUGCCGCGUACACCAACGAAGCCAUCCGUCAGGCCCAACAGACCUUCCUCAUACCGAAAGAUGCACAAAUUCAAAAUGUACAAGAAGGCAUUGAGCUGGGCGCAUACGAAGCAAUUCCCGGCAAUCAACGGAUAAAUCUCUUCGAGAUUCUCGGCGAUCAAGUACCCUCAGAAGUGAUAAACAAUCUGCAAGCGCAAGUCGAUCAGAUUGGUAAGAAUAAGUGAGCGUUGAGCGCGCAAUCGACGGCGUGUUAACUAAAUUGUAAUUAAAUUAAUUUUUGUUUUUGUUAUCUUCA